UUUCUUUUUAUUCCUCUCACAAAGUCCAUUACAGGUGUGGUGUAAAAAAGGUUUCUCGUUUUCAAUAUUUCUUGGAAUUUUCUAAACUAUCUUUUAGAAAAUCCACCAAAUGACCAAGAACAAUGUCUUCAUCUACAUUUACAGCCUCCUCAUCAGGUUCAACAGGAUCUAGUGUCUUUACACCAACUUCUGCACCUCAAGUUGUUCCUGAAUCUAACUGUCUGCAGUACAUCUAUCUGGUGUGGGUGUACUUCUUGUACUAUGUAGGAGUAGGGUAUGCCUCCUACUACUAUCCCUAUAUACUAAGUAUUCUACUAGAUUUUGUUCCAACCAACUGUGGAGGAACAGGAGGCACAGGAUCCAGUUCAUCUACUUUAGGUCUAGAUUCUACCCUUGCUCUCCUCUCUCUUCAACAAGAGGCCACCAGUUCCGCACCCAUUAGUAUAGCUAUACAACCUUCAUUUACCAGCACUACUACAGCUUCGAGUAUUCUUUCAAAUUAUGGGAUUCAGAGUCCCUUGAUUUACAAUCCCAGUUCUGGACUAUCCAGCAGUAACAGUUUCAACCUAGGAAGACGUAAACGAUCUAUUCUUUACGAAGCAUAUAACAUCAGUAUUGCCGAAUUUGCGGAUUUUAGCGAUUAUCACAGCGAUUAUGGACGAAGAGAAGAACGAUCUAGUAGAGAGAGAAGGGAAAGCAAUCAGGCUGAGGUCACUAAGAUGGAAAAGAAGAAGAUAAAGAAAGUCCAAAAACCUGUUGCAAAUGGUUCAAAAAACAAGAAAAAAACAGAAAUAAAGAAAGAAAAGAUGAAAAUCAAAAAAGCAAAAAAGCAAAUAGAGGACAACAAAAGUGCAGCAAAACCGAAGAAUCCGAUAAAAGAGCAAAAUGACGUAACUAACGACACAACGACCGUUAAAACCCAAAGAGUAAAGAAUGAUUUAAUCAAAGCCCGAAAAGAAGAACGGAUUCAAGAGAGAGUAUUAUUUCGAACCCAAACCAAGAAAUCAAGAACCUCGAAAACAUCAGAUGGGUCAGGUCUGAGUACAAGGAAAGAAGAGAGAAAGCAGGAAAGAACGAUGACUGGUGAAAGGAGAAAGCUAAGGAAGCAAAGAAGGAGAAGGAAGAGAAGGUUAGCAAUGGGAACACGAAUUAAACCAGAGAACGUCCAGAGUGUUUAUCAAAUGUUUACAGCCGGGAAAAAGAAGUGGCAGAGGAUGAAUGGGGGUUUAGACAUCGGGUUUCCGUUUGAUCUUAAAACUGGAGAAUUGAAAUCUUCCUUCAAGGAGACAAUACACCAGAAGGUUGUAUUGAGGAUGCCUGGGUACUGCGAGGCUGUUAAACUGGAGCACUCCAGCGGGAAGAUGAAGGAGUGCAAGAAACUGGAGACAAGAAUACUGGCCCGACUUCAAGCCCGUCGGAGAAACAAUUAGAGUUAAAAUAAGAAAGUCCAGGACCCUUAGAGAAGACGACAGCUCAACAACAAAAUGGCGGUUUUCCACUUUUUAACAAACCCGAUAUUAUACGCUGUCGCUCUAGCACUUUGUAAGAAUUUUAAAUAAACAAUAUUUUCAUUUUGGUCUGA